UAUUCUUGUUUUACUGACUAUAAAGAGAUGUGGUMAAGGCUGUUAAUCAGUCAGUUAUCUGCGCUGACUGAAGACGGAAUUGCCAUCAAGAUGAAGUGCAGUCUACCUUUGCUCCUUGUUUUUUUCUUUGUUGCCUGUGCACUUGCUGAUUCUACAGUAGAGGACGAGAACGAGCAUCACCCUGAUCCAAAGGUUAUCCAAGAAGAUCCUUCAGAUGAACUCCGCGGAAAUGAUGAGUUUAAAGAGGAAGUAGACGAAGACCAAAAUGCCCUAAGUGAUGUGAAGGAAAAUGACAUUGCCAAUCGUGAGAAUGAUAAAGCUGAGAAAACAACGAGGGGCUGGCACAGCGGACGUCGUCGCCGCCGACGCCGUCGUAAAUGCACCCGUCAUUGCGAUAAUUACAAGAUCUGCUAUCGUAAGAAAUGCCGACGUUGCUAUUUAGGGAUGUGUAACUGGUAUCCUUGUCUCCCGUAUCGCCUAAGGUGCAGUUAUCGUCGUCGAUGCACAUGCAUUGGAUAGGAGUAUGRAUUUCCUGGUCAAGAAAAAGCCUGGAGCGAGAACAUAAAGGACGGUUUAAACAGCGCAACCUUUUCCCUUACAAMCACUGCAUGCAACAUUUUCAUUAGUACGAGAAUCAAUACUAGGGUCAAAAAUCGAACAAAAAGGAGAACAAAGAAUUUAAACUAUUUACUGCUUUUCAGAUUUUAUCAAUUUGCUUUGACGAAGAUACGGAGAUGAGUAUUACAUGAUACAUUGUGAUUCAAUUUAAAAUGACCGGCUUGUCAURUGAACUAUGCUAAAGUCAAAAGUCAUCCCUACAGCAUGGCUACUUGUCUUAGUGCUAUUAAACAAUUAUUUUGAAUUUCUACGAAAGUUGUAAUCAUAGUUUUAAGAUGUCUAGGGCUGCUUGCAUGCCAUGUUUGUACGCAAAAGUUGUGCCGUCUAAAUCUAAAUUGUACCAUGCGAUUUAUUAAAUAAACUUGAACAUUUGAGAGCCAAAACUGGCUGAUUUGAAAAC